AUGGCCCGCGUGGCGGGGCUGAGCCUCCUCGUCGCCAUCCCCGGCGCGUUCCUCGUCGCGUCGCGGAGCCAGGCGCCGCUCGGCGGUAGCGCCCUGCUCUCGAGCGCGUCGAGCCCCCUGGGCAUCGAGGUGAGCAACGAGUACACGGCUACGCGGGGCCACCCGGCGGCCAUGUACCCGUCCGUGACCUACGGGCGCCUCGUCGAGCCCCACCGGGCGACGACCCUCAAGAUGGGCAACGUCGCCGAGGACCCGUCGCGGUCCUACGGCUGGACGAUAGCAAAGUCGAGCGGCGCCGCGGAGGACGCCGUCGCGAUCGCGGGCCACAGCGCGACCUACGUCUUCGCGAGCCUCGGCACCUACGCCGUCACGGCGCGGCUCGACGCGUCGCCCGACGACCCGUCCCAGCAGGGCGGGAACGCCGUCGAGGAGACGACGACGGUCGAGUGCAAGUACGUCCGGCGCAACAUUUUUGCUUUAAGAACCGCGGAGCGCGAGAAGCUUUUCGACGCCUUCAAGACGCUCAUGACCGUCGACACGGCCACGGGUUUAGAGUCGUACGGCAUCAACUACCGGUCCCUCGACUACUUCACGGAGACGCACUUGGACCGCGCGGCGCGCCGCGACAUCGACACGAUGCACGACGGCAUGGGCUUCUUGACGCAGCACGUCGCCGUGACCAACGAGCUCGAGCUCGCGCUCCAGGCCGUCGACGCCAGCCUGGCCUUGCCGUUCUGGGACUACACGGAGGACAUCGCGCGCGUCCGCGGCGGCGGCGGCAACACCGCGGAUCUGUGGAGCUCGAAGCUCUGGACGGACGACUGGUACGGCAACGCGACGCACGACGACCGCCACACGGUCACGAAAGGCCGCUUCGCCUACCAGAAGGUCACGCGGGACCGCAACGCGACGACGCACAACCCCUACGGGUACCUGCGCGCGCCCUGGAACGUGAACAAGGACCCGUACCUCACUCGGAACCACGAGUUCUGCGACACGACGUUCUCGCUGGACACGUGGCCGUCCUGCGAGGCCCACUACAACCUGACCUUCUCCUACGACAACUGGUUCGACUACGUCUGGACGGCGGGCUACGCGCCCCACGGGCCCAUCCACUACUUCAUCGGCGGCUUCACGCACUGCGGCGAUUUAAGCGCGCAGUUCCCCAUGCUCGACGCCGAGGGCCUCAAGUCGCUCGCGUUGAUGCAGGUGGGUAUUACGAAAAAUUUCUGGCGCGACGGCCUCUUCGAGUCGCCGACGUACUGCUCCGACGACACGCCCCAGGACCAGUGCCACCUCGUGUGCAAGGGCGCGGCGGGCGAGGACGACUUCGCGGCCGCGAUCGUCGCGAAGCUGCUCUACUACGCGGAGAACUUCUACCGCACGGGCCUCAGCGACAUCACGUACGCCUGGUUGGACGAUCUGCAGGUCGAGGACUACGAGGCCUUCGUGACGGCCUUCUGCCAGAUGUCGUGGUACCCGGGCGAGCAGAUGGAGGCCGCGUCGCCCGCGGACGUGUCCUUCUGGUCCAUCCACCCGACCAUGGAGCGCCUCCUGCACUACAAGAUGCUCGCGGACCCCUUCGUGACCAAGGAGUGGAAGGCCUACGGCGACAUCUCCAUGACGUCCUACUGCGAGUACAGCACGACGACGGACUGCAAGGGCCACCACGGCUACGACCUGACGGCGUUCAAGUCCAUGGUCCUCGACGUCGAGACCGGCGACUACGCGCCCGCCUACCUCACGAACGGCGAGAUCUUCGACCACAUGUCCCUCGAGGACUACAAGAUGUCCUACUACUACGAGGACUUCUCCUGGCCCCACUGCGAGGCGCGCGGCGUCGUCUUCCCCGCGGUGUCCUCCUAG